AGCCAGGCCAGCGUGGCCGUCUUCGCUGCCGGCGCUGCCCACCGCACGCAGCUCACCACACGCAGCGCGGGAACCGCCGACGGUUGUGACAAAACGCAGCCCCGCCCGACGCCUUUACAUCAACAAAACCAAAGACAUACCAUGGGCCUGUUUGGGGGAGGCAGCGAACAGAAGGACGAGGGCGACACGCCGCCGGCGGUCGCGAAGAAGGACGACGACCGGCACCUGCGGCGGCAGGACAGCGAGGCGCCGUCGACGGUCUGCCCCUGCGCGUGCGGCAACCGCUUUUUGGAUUGGAUGAAGGGGUUUAUCGAGAUCAAGCCCUUCAAGGUCGAGCCGCGGCUGGCGCAGAUGCGCUGGGAGCAGAUCCGGGUCGACGGGCCAUGGUUCUACCGCAACAGGCACCUGGGGUGCUUCCUGUGCAAGCACGUCGACCCGCUGCGCGAGUGCUGCCCGGCGCCGCUCCAGGAGUGCACGUGCUUCCCGUUGCUGUUCCCGAUCGCGACGCACAUCACGUUCCUGCCCUUCGGGCAGGCGGUCACGAGCGCGCGGCACGAGGAGCUCUGCUGGCCGCCCGCCUGCUGCUGUAACCUCGGCGCGCAGGGCUGCGUCGCGUGCUCGGCGCUGGCCUGGCCCUUUUACUUUUGCGCGUGGCCGGCGCCCCUCGCCUGUUGCGUCUCCCCGGUCAUUUUUUCUUUCACCGGAGCGUUCCUGACGGCGUACCAGCGGUACAAGAUCAUCAAGGCGUACGGCAUCGACGACGACCACCUGGACGACUACUUCGGGGACCACGUCGGGUCCGACGCGUGCAAGCUCGCCCUCGACUGCGUCUGCUACCCCUGCUCGGCCUGGCACCAGAACGUCUUCCUGCAGGAGAUGCGCUCCUUCGGCCACGCGGAGGAGGCGGGCGACAUCGUCGUGACGCGUGAGCCGGGGGGCGUCUGAUUCAUGAGUGUUUACAGUAAUUACAUACAA